GGUGCGGCGGCGGAAGGGGACCAGCCUCGUCGCGCCUCACGAAAAGCUCCACACACACACAAAAAAAGCUCCACACACGAAAAAGCUCUACACGAAAAGCUCACCCCAGAUAACCUAACGCUGUCGUGAAAAAAGGAGAGGGGGAGGGAUCACAGGCAACAAUGGCUAAGACUUCAGUGCACUGGUUCAGGCAUGGGUUGAGGCUCCAUGACAACCCAGCUUUAUUACACUCUGUGAAAGAUGCCGAAAAAUUUUAUGCCAUAUUCAUUCAUGAUGGAGAGACGGCAGGGACGGAGGUUUCAGGUUAUAACCGCAUGCAGUUUUUGACGGAAGCGCUGUGUGAUUUGGAUGCGCAACUACGGGCAGUUGGUGGUCAGCUGUAUAUAUUCAAAGGAAAACCAGCGGAUGUAAUUAAGAUGCUUCAUACUGAAAUUAGAAUAACUCGUCUGACCUUUGAACAGGACUGUGAGGCGAUAUGGAAUAAACGCGACAAUCAGGUACGCAGUCAGUGCAAAGAGCUCGGCAUAGAGAUCGUGGAGGAAAUUUCUCACACCCUUUGGGAUCCAUUUGAGAUUAUUGAAACUAAUGGAGGUCAGCCACCUUUGACCUACGAGAUGUUUGUGCAAGUGUCAGCAGUAUUAGGUCCUCCCAAAAGGCCAGUACCUGACGUCAAGUGGGAGGAUGUCAUUUUUGGAGAAAUUUCAGAUGAACUUGCCAUGAAGUUGCAGCUAUGUCCUCACAUCCCAACACCCGGGGAACUUGGCUGGAAUAAGGAGUGCGACGAAGAAUCAGCUUAUGUUGGCGGAGAGACGGCUGCUUUAGCGCACCUGCAGAAGAGACUGAAGGUUGAGGAGAAUGCUUUUAGGGACUGCUACAUUCUACCGAACCAGGUAAACCCAGAUAUUCUUGGUGAACCUAUGAGUAUGUCGGCUGCGUUGAGAUUUGGAUGCCUCUCCGUCAGAAGGUGAGUGAUGCAUAUUUCU